UUAUAAUGUGGGUUUAAGAGUGACCAAUAAUUGUUAUAUGAACUUUACGAAUUGUCUGUCCAAAAUGGUGAAGAAAUGUGUGUUUGUGUCUCAACUGACACAUGUAUUGGUCUCCCUCUGUGUGGCUUCAGCCUCAUUUAUCUAGCUAAUGUACCCAAACUUAACCACAUGGAACGUGGUAACUUUGUAACUUUGUUAAACUAGUCACUACUACUAGUAAACUACUAGAAUAUGAGUAGCACGGACUCCAGCGAGGACCAUGCCAUGGCUGACACUAUGCCUUCAGGAAGCAGGGGCACUAUGGAGGCUGAUCAUUUACUCCAACGAUCUCUAGCAACUUACCGAUAUGAGAAUGCUCUCGUUAAGACAGAGUUAUCAGCUACGCUAGAGAGGCAUACUCGGGAAAUGGAAGAACUCAAACUGAAAUACGAAACUCAGCUGAGAGAAGCUGAAAGACAAAGAAUGGCAGCUGAACGUCAACUGUCUGAAGUACAAGAUGCACAAAGUGAGAAGCACAGAAAGUUGCAACAGUCCAACCUUCAGUUACAGCAAAAAAUCAAGGUAAUGGAGGAGGAGGUAGAAGCUGGUGUUAGAGCACUUGACAAAAUGGUGAAGGAGAAGACCAAAGCUGAAGAAGAGUUGCAGCAACAUACACUGUCACAACAAACGACACUCCAGGCACUUAAGGGAGAAAAAAACCAACUACGGGAAACUGUGGAUAACUUGCGUGGGGAGUUGGACAAAGAGAGAACUACAGUUCAAGAGUUGACUACAACCCUUAAUUCUGAAAGGCAUCAGCAACAGCUUAUUAAGAGUCGCUUAUCUGAAGUAGAGCAACAAUGCCGAGUACAGCUAACGGCUGCUCAGAAUGAAGUCUCUCAGCUUCGUCACAUUAAAGAUCAAGAGGCAACAGCAGCUUCUAAACGUAUCAAUGAACUAAUGAAUACUGUGGAAGAAGAGAAGUCAGUACUUUCCAGGGUCAAAGAGCGAUUUGCAGCCAAAGAGUUGGAACUGGAAAAACGUAUGACUGAAGAGAGGCAAUCACAUCUCUCCAGUUCGCACCAACUUGCACAACAGAACUCUCAGCUGCAGGACCAAUUAAAGGUGCUUGAGGCUACAGCGAAGAGUGCAGAAGAAAAGAGAGAUACCAGAGAAUCCAAGUUUAGAGCCGAAGUUGAUCAAAUGACUGAAAAGCUGCAUGGUGUAGAGAAAGAGAAGGCGGUACUUGAGGCCAGGGUGGCUUCACUGGAGGGUAUGGAAGGGUUACUGCGGCGAGAGAGAGAAGACUCCUCCUCUCUCCGUCAGGAACUUCUUCAGCACCAGGCUGAAGUUCAGCAACUCAAGGUUCUCAACAAGGAUCUUCAUCUUAAUAUUCAACAGCUUAACAACCAGGUUAGUGAAGCAAGAAGUCAGUACAGUGCAGUGAAGGAGGAUGCUAAAAAAGAAAGAGAAGUUGGAGAUCGGCUUCUGGCAGAUCUGCGUUCUUCUCAUCAAGAGGAACUUGAGCAGCGGCGUGCCAGGAUCUCAACUUUAGAGACUCUACUUGCUGAAAAGAACAGAAAGCACUUAGAGGAGUCUAAUCAACUGAAACAGAAAGUUCGUAAUUAUGGAAGCUUGAUUAAGAAGUUGAGGUUUAAGCUGGAAAUUGGCGUAGUCCAGGUUGAGCAGCUGGAGGCCCAACGUGCAGCUCUCCAAGAUAACGUUCCUGCAAAUGUUUACAGGCAUCUCCAAAGCCAAUUACGAGACAUAACUAGGAAGCACUACGAGUUUGCAGCAUUUAUACGGGGACUAAGUGAAUUUCAAUCAACAUUACCAGAGAUGGCAGAGCUGACAACAUGUAUAGGAGCCGUGGGCCAGAAACUGAGCGAGCUUGAAGUGGAUCAGUUACAUUGUCUAUCAGAACUUGAGUCUUUAUAGCUACACAGUGUAAUGGGUCUUGUAAUGAAGACCUUCAAGUGAAGUUCUUUUGAAUGUGACCCUUCCUACAAGUGGCUAUAGAAAGGGUAAAUUGGUUAUUAAUCUAAGAGAUCACCAUGUGCAAUUGAGCCUUACAGGUCUUCAAUGCAAUUAUUUAUUUUUUUUACCUUGUGCACUACAAUAUAGAACUUUUAAAUACUUUUUUCUUGCACACCAUGAUGUAGUAUUUUUAAAUACUUUUUUUUUCCUCUUUAUGUACCACAGUAUAGGACCUUUCAAUAGCUUAGUAGUUAAAGUUAAUCACUACUUCUAGUCAUUUAUGUUGUCUUUCUAGAUUUCAUAAUUUAUUUAUUUUAUAUAUACCUAAUUAUUAAUAGGUAUUCCCAGUAGAGAUAUCUUAUUGUUUUGUUUUUCCUACAAAGUUUUCUAGGGAUAUGUUAAGAAUGUCUCAUAGUACAGACUUCAAAAAGUACAACUCUUAUGUAUGGUCAUAACCUUCUUUUCGUUAUUAGGCAAGGGGGGGAAAAUGGCAAGUCUCUGAGGUAGAAUAUUCUACACCUGUGCUUCUGUUGGACUAGAUCAUGAUAACCAGGGAAUGGUGAUCCGAAGACGAUGAGUUACACCAGUCACCAUCUUGUCCAACAUAUUAUGAAUAUGUGAACAAAAUGGGUAGACUCUUAUCUGUUGUGGCAUUGUAUGCCUGCCAUAGCUUCUAUGCCUUUUCGGGAUUUGGGUAUGGCUUCUCUUCUGGCUAGCAGGAUUUAGAGCUAAAAGGUUUCCACAUUCGUGGGGUGUCAGAUGUGCUAGCAUAUGGUCUUACUCAGUUUUGUUCCAUUAUGACAGCACGGGAGCUGGACAAGGCCACCAUCAAUUGCAGACAGUGUGGUUCUAAUGCAGUAUUAGCAUUUUUAAAGAAUAUUUGAUAAUAUUGUUUGUAUCAGCCAGGUAACUGCUGUUACCUAGCAGUAAAUAAGUACCUGGGAGUUAGACAGCUGCUAUGGGCUGCUUCCUGGGGGUGGAGGCCUGGUCGAGGACCGGGCCGUGGGGACACUAAGCCCCGAAAUCAUCUCAAGAGAACCUCAAGACCAUAAAAUAUGCCAGUCUAGGGACUGGGGAUACUUUUCACAAUCAGCUGCACUGAAAAGUAAUUGCAGUAGUUUUAAAAUCCUAUCAUUAAUUUAAAUAAUAGCAUAGUUAUUUGAAAGCCUCUUGAAGCUGGUUUUAAAUUAAUACUAUAUUCUAAGACAAAAAAUUGACUUAUUCUAAUGAGUUAAUUAUUUGUUUUUUCAAAUGAUAAAUAUAUUUGAUGGUUUCCAAACUGAUGUUGCUAAUUCAAGUACAGUAAUUAGAUAGUUAUUUUGAAGCUCUUUGAAGUUGCUUUUAGAUCAUAGAUAUACAGUAUAUUAAGGAAAAUUAUUUUUAUGAAGUGUGUAAUAAUUUAAUUUAUUAAAAAAAUUGUGUUUAUUUGAUUGUUUCUAAACUAUUCUAUCAAAGUACAAAUUCUAUUUCUAGUAUGAGGGCAUCAUGGGGGAGCAAAAGACAUUAGAUUAAUGCUGAUAAUUGCAUAUUAUCUUUAAUGUCAUUAAUUUAUUAGGACUAUUGGUCCCUACAAGGCAGCUCCAAUUGAUAUCCAUUCAAACUCUUUCAUAUAUAUGUCUAACCUAUGCUUGAAACUGCAGAAAGCCUAUUGACUCAUGUGGCAGCUCCUAUUUAUGUUUACCCAAACUAAUUCAUGUAUAGUAUGUCUAACCAAUACUUGAAACUGUAGAUGUCUUGUUGGCUCAUAUGAGAGAGAGAUCCUAUUUAUAUCCACCCAAACUCGUUAAUAUACCUGUAUAUGUCUAACCUACGCUAAAACAAUCCAGUGAUUCCCGUGUCUAUUAUGUUACCCGGUAAUUAUUUUCAUAAAUCUACAACCGUUUCUGAAUUAACAUUUACCCAGGUCUUUCCUGAAUCUAAACUCAUGCAGUUUAUAUCCAUUGUUUCCAUGUUAUAUUUUGUGUUGAUAUAUUUGAAACCUUUUUAUAUCCUCUUUCAUCCCCUUACUCUUCAUCUAUCCAGAGAAUAUAAAAUAAACUUAGGCCUGUGUGUGUUAUGAAUAUGUGAAUAUCUUGUAGUAGGAUUAUUGUCCAAAUGUUGCAUUAUAUACAAGCCCCUUUACCAUCCAGUAUGCACAUAUUGUACUUGCAGCUAAGUGCUAGCAGCCACAGUACUGUUCGUGCAUGAUAAUCCAAAUUAUAUCGGGCCCACCCCUAUUUGAAUUAGCCAGACAUUCGAGUUUGGCAAAUUUUUACUUGGAAAGUCAAAAAAUUAAAAAUUUUAAUGUGUUCCGGUUUUUGUUUGCUCGGUUGUUCUUAGAAAUCUCGAUAACUAAAGUUUUUAUUCACGUUGAGUAGUCAAAAACUUGAAAUCAAAUUUGCAGUAUUUACCUGAAUUUACCCGAGGGCCACUAAUACCAGUAGCCUCAACGAGGACUGGAAGCCGGCGGCUUGUCUAAGGUCCAUCCAUUUGCUCUGAUGAAGUACUGUAUUUGAAUUAUUUAAAGAUUCGAGUUAUCGCAUUUGAAUUGUCAAGCUUUUACAGUAUUUUUCUUGAGAUCUUUCAGAGCUUAAUAUGUUUGUGCUUUUUUUUUUUUUUCCAGUAACACCAAGAGAAAAGUCACUCCUGCUCACAGAUAUAUCAAUUGUUGUACUCCUGUACUAUGUAAAUACUCAGAAUAAACUAAGAGACAUACAUUGAAGGGUGACAACAACCAGUAAAUUUACAAUGUACACACAUAGAGAAGACAUUAUAAUGGACCCUUACAUAUCACAGGAGGUGUCCUCCGGGAAAGUAUCUUGUUAUAACAAAGUUGAUAUUUUAAUGGGGAACACUUGCGGCUUUUGCCACAUGCUAUAGUACUGUACUGUAUUAUCAAAUGAUUUAUAAUUUUCCUAGUGUGAACUCUUGCCUCUAUUUCACACGAACAGUAAUUAGAAUUGUUAAUACCAUAAUGAAAAAAAUUCUUUUAGAUGCUGGAAACACCCCAUCUCUGCUUGCCCCCCUAAAAGGUGAUGGUUUGACAGAUGUAGGUACAGUACAUGUGUUUGUGUAUCUUUUUAAUCUUUAUAUAGAUAGGAAUUGUUCAUUAGAACUGUUCAGUAUUUGAUGAAAUUCAAAAUUUAAUUAAUCAAUGCUUGUGUAUAGUACUUACAAUUACUGUGUACAGUACUGUAUUUUCUGGCUCAUAAUUUAUUGUAUUUUGUUAAGAAAUGUUUUAGUAUGUUUCAUCAUACAUUAAUUGAAAGUGAUUUUCAAGUAGUUUUGUAGGUGAAAAUGUAUGGUUUUGUGCAUGUAAAUACAAUAUACAAUUGGUUGUUGGUGGACCAAAAACAUGGCAAAUAUGGUAGCUUAAUCUACCAUGCCCCACUGGCCACAAUAUCCAAGAGCAAAGCCAAUUCAAUGUUAAAUCAACAUUAGUCACAUUGAUUCAACGUUGAACCGAUGCCACGCUUGGAUAUUGGGCCCAUUGGGGCGGAAAUAUAUUUUUAUAUCCUAUUUUUGUGUAUAAAAAGGUUUAUACAAUUAAGUGUGCAGUAGUAAGGCACUUAAGGUGUUAGUAAAUUUUAUCUGAAA